CCAUUGAGCCUUAUUAUGAAGAAAGGCCCAUUGGGCCAGAAUCAGCUACAGCUACACCUAUACACAUACACCUACACCAUCUUGUUUCCUCCUUCUCUACCCGAAACGAAGAAGAACCAAGUUCUUCAGGAGCCGAUCAUGAUUAGCGUUCUAGCUCAGGAGCGGUUGCUGGGGGCCGCACUCGGAAGCAUAUUCACUGGAAUGGUAGUAUUCGAGCAGCGAAGAAGCAUUUAUAAGUCCAUUUCAGAUACUCAGCCUCAAUUAAACUCCCAAUUUCAGCAGGUGAGAGAGCCCAUAUUUGGAAAGGAAGCUCGCUCGGAGCUUGCACGAAUGUGGAACAAAGGUGUAGACCAGGCGUUUGGACCUGCAAUCCAGUAUCUUAGCUCCCACGGAUGGUAGAUUUUGUGCAAUACCAUUCCCAAUCAUAUACAAUGAUUUGAAUACCUAAAUUAGUUACUAAUGAUGAGGGUCCCCCAUGGUGAGAUAUGACCGUUUAACUUCCUUUGGGGAUAGUAGCCAUUACUUCGGUGUGACAUCCCCGAGACUUGCUAUGAAGGAGGCGAUAGUCUCCAUCUGGGGAUGGUACUCCCAAGAUCCCUUCUACUUGAUCUUCGCAAUUUUUCUUUUCAAAUAUCACAUAAUUAUAAAAAAUAAUAACUCAUACAUUUUUUUUUUUAAUUUUUUCCUUUUUAAAACCCAAUUAUCA